GUUACUCUCAAUCUGUAGAAAGCUUUACAAUUGGAAAUACAAAUGCAUCUUCUCACACAAUAAGCUGUUAGGAACAUAACCUCUGUGUAACAGAUAGAAGCAGGUUUGAUGUGAAGCUUUUCCUGGGGGAGUGUUUCACUAAGGUUGUGGUUGUUGCAGCUAAUUGAGCUACUUGAGAAAGUUUCAGGCUGAAGCUGAUGAUGGCGGCGUCUGUUUGACUUUUAACUCUUUCUCAAGGCGAUCUAACAUCCUCCUGGCGUUUUAGGUUGAACAGACGGUCAAGAUGAGCAAACCCGAGGAGGCCAACAUGACUACCACCCCUCACAUAGUGAAAGAAGAGCUGAUGGCAGCAGGGAAGUGGGUGAAGCUGGACAGGACCACAUACGUGGAUCCUGCUGGGAACACCAGAACUUGGGAGAGUGUGAAGCGGACAACGAGACAGAGGAAUACAGAAACAGAUGGUGUGGGGAUCAUCGCUCUGCUGAAGCGGACACUCCACAAGGACUGCAUGGUGAUGGUGAAGCAGUUCCGUCCUCCUAUGGGAUGCUGCACUCUGGAGUUUCCUGCAGGUCUCAUCGACGAGGGAGAGAAUGCAGAAGCGGCUGCGCUGAGGGAGCUCAAGGAGGAAACCGGAUACAAGGGAGAAGUAGUCGGAGUCACUCCAGUGACCUGUCUGGACCCGGGUCUGUCCAACUGCACCACCCAGAUGGUUCUGGUCAACAUCAACGGAGACGAUAUGGAGAACAUUAACCCCACACAGCAGCUGGGUGAUGGAGAGUUCGUUGAGGUUAUUCUUUUACCGCUCGAUGAAUUCCAGACAAAGAUCGAUGAUCUGCUGCAAAAGGAGAAGAUCGUGGUGGACGCUAAAGUUUACAUCUUUGCCAUGGGGAUGGCUCAGGCCUUCUUCAAGCCCAUGGAGCUGCGGAUCCUGAAGCAGUGAUGGCCACCACAUGGUUUUUAUUGUUACACGAGGCGUAGAAAUGGAGGCAUUUCUAAUGAUAAAUAGGAAUUGUUUUGAAAAUGACUGUGACAUUGGAGGUUUUAGCUGUAACUAAUUUUUUGUAUUAAUUUGUCUGCUGUUCCACCUAAUGGACAGUGGGAGACUGUGUGUUGGACUCAAACUUUGAGGUCAAAAUAAUGAAAUAACUGUCUGGAGAAAGCCUUGAAUUUAAAGAUUAGUCCUCUGAAGGAGUUUUUACCACACUAUAGGUACGGGAACAUGUUUUUUGCUCUAAACACGGAGGUGAAAUCACGACACGUUCCCUCCACCGCUCUUAACAAUGAAAUGUGCAUUCCAGAAAUGACAAGUUGUCGUGUCUUGUUUUUUUUUCUUCCUUUCUUUCUUUUUUUUUUAAAUGAGAUUGAAAGUAGUUUAAUAAGGAAUUGGUUUAUUGUUGUUUUUAAUUAGUGAUCAGAACACAUUCCCUGAUACGCGCUGACAUACUGUUGAACCUUACUGAAGCCGUUUCUCACUAAAGUAGUUGUGGUGACUUUAAAAUGUGUGGAUGAUGUAUUAACCGUGGCGGGGGUUUGUCCCUGCAGCCUUAAAACGUUACUGGCCCCAUCCAAGCUAUGGUGCAAUUAACUGGAUAUUGAUAUUGUUUGUAACCUAGCGACUAAAAAUACUGACCAAUUAAUAAAGAAUAUGAUGUUA